UUUCAUGAAAACCUCCCUGUUUUGUUAUAAGGUGUUGGAAGGUCUUGGUUCUUUUGGAUUAUCCAAAAAUAAUUUUUAAAAUGUCCCUUUCGAGGGGUUUGCACCUUUUUCGAAGGAUUGACACCACCCUGAGAAAACCAAUUGCCUCGCAGGUCCAGCAAGUUAGGAACAGCGGAGGAUUGUUUUCGUACAGAUGCGGUGGCUAUCCACCGAGAAAGUUAGUGGUUUAUGGGUCCCAAUUUUUAAUGGGUUUUACUUGGUGGUGGAUCCUUUGGCACUUGUGGCAAGAACCAGACCAUAUUACAGGCGAAUUUCCAUAUCCAGACCCAAAAUUAUGGACCAAUGAAGAACUAGGAAUCCCUGAAGAUGAUGAGCCUUGAUCAUUAAGUUUUAUUUUGUAGUUUAAGUAAGACCUUGUUAUUGAUUGUAAUUAAACUUUUUCGAAAAAUAAAAAUGGUUUAUGCCAUUA